AAAAUGUCUCCAGUUUUGUUGUUCAUUCUGUGUUUCAUUCCGAAACUUUGCUAUACUCAUGUGAUGCUAACAUUUCCGCGAGGACGAAGUUUACCUCUUGAUUUUCUCGACACAACCAGAACCUCAGGACCAUGUGGAGUUCCACGACCCAGCUCUCCACAGUAUACUAAUCUGUAUACCAAUCAGACGUACAAUAUUACUUGGCGAUUGCAAAAUCCCCACCAGGGUGGAUAUCGGAUCACGCUCUUAGAUGAAAAAGGUGAACCAGUUGAGCAGCUGAUGCCAACCAGUGGAACCGGUUACGCUGGUGACGAAGAUCAGACAGCACAAAGUCAAGUGGUUCGCAUCACAAAAGCAUGCAAUCACUGUACAAUUCAACUUCUACGACAGGCGCUGGAAUGGGGCGAUUCAUAUUCAUUUCAUGCGUGCUCUGACGUCAAUGUUGUGGAUGAGACACCGAACGAUCUGCAAAAAUGUUCUGAGAAUGGUGACUAUGAAAAUGGAAAAUGUGUAUGCAAACACUUAUUCUCAGGAGAUAUUUGCCAGUAUAAAGACGAUUGUACAUCUGAUGAAGAUUGUUUGAAUAAUGGCAAAUGCGUGAAUGAACCAACAGCAUUAGUACAUAAAACGUGCUUUUGCUCAUUUGGAUUCUUUGGCAGAAACUGUGAUCGAACGUUCGAUUGGAAACCAGAUCAUGAUGAAUGCUUCAAUUAUGAUUAUCCAAUCAAUAAGACAAGGUUCUCGAAAUAUGGUCUCUUCAAUGAACAGUGCUUCAAAAUGACUUCCGUGAAUGAGGACGAUAGAAUCUAUUCGAGAGUAGUUGCAGAUGAGGUAGAGAUCAUCGUUGAUUACAUUGGCACAACUUGGGUCGGGGUUGGAUGGCGUCCGGUCGAUAUCGACCCAUCUUGUCGUCUGUUUCCGGACCUUGAACAUCUUCGUAGAAGGCGAAAUCCUGCUGAAUCUGUAUCCAGUGAUGAAGAUGAACCUCUUCAACCCGUUCAAGCACCAAAGAAGCCAGAAAAUAAUGGAUUCCUUGAGCGUGAACUGCAAGCCCCGCUACAUCCAAUGGAUUGCACCGAUGUUAUAAUUGGCUCGGUCGUUGACGGUCGAUCACGAAUCAAUGACAUGUAUACUAGAGAUAGAUCUACCCCGAUCAUCGAUACACUUCUGGAUGGAGAAGAGUCAUUCUCAGCUGCAUACGGUAUCGAACAAGACGGCAGAACAAUCAUUAUGUUCAGAAGAAGUAUUGCAGAAAUCGAACCAUCAGAUCAUCCACUUGGUCCAGGCGAAUUGUUUGUGAUCUAUGCAAAAGGCCAAACGAGUGAAUCAUUCAGCCAUUACCCAAAAUCAGCACUCGAAACUGGCAAUUACAGUGACCACGACUUUUAUAAAAUCGAUCAAUUACGAUAUCAUGGAUCUAAAAAUCGAGGCGUCAAAAGGAUUGAAUUUGUCACACUUAAAGAACGCCCACAAACAGUACGACCACAACUGCAUCACAGAAUUCAAUCGACAGUUUCCGAUUCGAUAUUUCAACCAGAAACCGAAAUGAACUCUCACUCAACCUCUGUACCGAAAGGUGAACCACAACCUGGAACAAACGCAUCACCUGAGCCAGAGGCGACUCAAGUUGUGGAACCUGGGUUACAGCUGGAACCGUUGGCUGAGCCCGAGCCUGGUUCACAACCAGAACCAUCUGCUGGGCCCGAGCCUGGUCCACAACCAGAACCAUCUGCUGAGCCUGAGCCCGGUUCAAGACCGGAACCUUCUCCUGAGUCUGAAGGAAGAGAGACUUUAGAAGAUGUUUCUAAAGAAGAUCCGUUGGCAGAGCCAGAACCAGAACCUCAACCAGAACCAAACAACCCAGCCUCCAGCAACGAAAUGAGCGCAGCUUCUGACGGAACUCAUGGUGAACACAAAACAUCGAAAUACGAUUCUUCGCUUCAUCUCGGUUCUUCGGCUUCAAAGCCGUUCACAACUUCAGUGAUUUUAAUUGCGGCCUUAAUUUAUGUCCUAUGA